AUGGCGGCGAAUGGAGCGACUCAGGAGUCCUGCAUGGAUUAUAAACAGGAAGCAAGCGCGGCAGAAAUGAGUCCUGAUGUGGUGAUUAAACAUUCCCUCCAAGAAUGUUUCUCUUCUUUAAUCGGUUCGAUGGCAGAGUUUAGCUCUGAGGUAAAAUUAAGCCCUGGUGUUUUAAACGUCACUGCCAGCGUGAGUGAUCUUAAUUUCACUGAACUACAACCAUCGCAUGUGUACCACUGUUUACAGAAGCACAUCUCCAAGUUGCAGUUCGUUUCUGCACAUCUGAAACAAAUAUUAAAUACUAAGAACACCCCUGAUUUAACCAGUAUUGAAAAAACAGAGAAAUGCAUGGAUAAUUUGGCAGCAACAUCUGAAGAAGAGAUAGUGGUACACAGAGAACUAAUUCCCUCUACGUCACACCAACAUGCUGCCUUGAAAGACAUUGGAAUGUCCCAACAUGAUGAUCGCAGUGUUCAGAUCAAAGCUGGAAAAGCUGAGAUUGAACGUAGGAUCUCAGCAUUUAUAGAGCGCAAACAGCUGGAGAUCAAUGAAAACAAUGUGCGGGAGUUUUGCAAUGUGAUCAACUGCAAUCAGGAAAACAGUUGUGCAAGAACAGAUGCAGUCUUCACACCCUAUCCAGGUUUCAAAAGUCAUGUCAAAGUGACCCGGGUGGUGAAUACAUAUGGUCCCCAAACCCGAGGUGGGCGCUCCGAGCAGGGAGAGCAGCAGCAAGUCUCGUACAGCCGGAAUUGUGGAAACCCUGUCAUCGAGGAGCGGCUGCACAACAUAGAAGCUCACCUGAAGCUAACAGCAGCAGGCCCUGUACCUCAGAGCAUUUACCAGCGACUAAAGAAGUUAGAGGAUCGAAUCUUGGAGCUUGAGGGUCUUUCCCCAGAGUACUUCCACUCCAUGAGUUACUCUCACAAACGUCCAAAAGUCUCAGUUGCUCAGAACUACAGCCUGUCCGAGUUAGAUGGAAAGAUCAGUGCGGUUAGAACUGCUUUACUGAAGAGAGCGAGCGACUUCCAGUCCAGAGAUGUGAGGGAGUUUCCAUUCUGACAAAGCAUCGUUGUUACACACUAUACCUCCACCCUGAAGAGUUGUCCUGUUUUUGUACACUUGAUAUCACAAAUUGAAAAUUAACCGUUUUCGUUACUAUUCAUGUUUUUGUGAUUUAUUAGGGAACUGUACAUGCUGUAAUUUUUUAUUUUUGUAAAUAUAUUUUUGUCUGCAAAAUUCUUAAGUAUUUGAAUAUCUAGCACACACCUUCAUUUCUGAGGCUGUUAUUUGACAACUGUGAUUUGUCACUGCUAGCUUUGGUCCAUUGAAUCCAUUUCUAAGAAAAGUAUUUAUUCAUUCAUUAAAUUUUUUUUUAAACCUGGAGUAAGAGGCAUGGUGUGCACACACAGACAGGCACACACACAGACAGGCACACACACAG